AUGGAAACGUUUACUGGAAUGUAUCAGCAAAAAGUGAAGUAUGAGAACAAUUUGAUCACAGGAGAAGUUCAAGCCAUUCUCCACGGGGAUGUGAUUUGCUACUGCCAUUCGAUAUUUCCGAGUGUGGAAGAGAGCAGAUUGCGGCGUGGUUCAAAGGCUGUUUUUGUGCAAAAGAAUGGUUCAGUUGAAGCAGAAGAUGAACGAGACGCUUUAGGCUGCGGACCUUCGUUAAUCGGAAUGCAGUUGCUAAGUAUCGAAUGCAGUUACAGCCACGUGCAUCUUAUCCUAUCUGCUUCCGAAACCGUUUCCACGCUAGAAGUUCAGGGUACCUGUAUGGAUUGUAUACGCUGUUGA